GGCUGGUCAGUGCUUUUCAAGGUGAGAUUUCCAUCACCGGUGACGAGGAGAUUGGAAGCAAUGUUACCAUCACAUGCAGCUGGACUUUAUCGCAGAAUGAAGCAUUUGUUAAUGUUAUCCUGCGGUCAUUACCUGUUCCCUCUGGCGCAAGUCCUUACUAUUUUCAGUUCAAUAACGGAAUUUCAUUUGCCAUCCCAGGCAGCCAGAGCAAUAACAGAACAUCCGCUGACAGUUUUAAUGUCAGCAGUCAGCGUGCGGUUGUGAGAAUUACAAAUGUGCAGUGUGCUGAUGAUCGGAACUAUUCAUGUUUUUUUACGUAUGCACUGCCAAGCUCCGGAGCUGUCAGUUACGAAAAAACAUCCUAUUUGACAGUGAAAGCUCGUCCCAAGGCCCCUACAAUUAGGUUGCCACCAAACACCAACACUAGCCUUCUAGAAUUUUCCAACAUCAGUGUGGUCUGUGCCUCAAAUGUGGGGCUAGUAGGCCGUGGAAGCCUACAGUGGAAGAUUUACCGCAGCGGUGUUCCUGAGGUUGUCCCAGCUACAGAUCCAAGACUCGGUGCAAUGAACAAUGGUGAAGGCAGCUGCACACAGCGGGUACAACAGACUUUCAGCAUGAUUGUUAGCAGAGCUGACCAGAAUCUAACGAUUACCUGUUUUGUUCAGAAUGAUGAUUUUCAGACCCAGGUGCCAGGCGUUUGUCAGACCCCAAGCACUGAUUUAUGUGCCGAUACACCGCCAUUUAGGAUUGUUUAUGGUGUCAAUGAAACCAGCAUGAAUGUGGACUCUGACCCCCCAGGGGAGGUCUAUCAGGACAAGGCCCUAACCCUGACCUGCAAGGCUGCAGGCUUACCUGCCCCUGAGUAUACCUGGGCUCAAGUUGUUGGUGACAACAGCACUGAUGUGGACAACACAUCUCCCGGGGAUUUGAUCGGUGAUAUGUCUCGACUGGUUUUGGGAAAUCUGGUUUCUUAUGGAGGCCAGGAAUUGAAAUACACCUGCACCGCCAGCAAUAAAGUCUUGGGCCGGACUUACUCUGCAACAAAGGAGAUCACAGUUCAAGUUUUGAUGACCACCACCACACAGAGGACAACCACAACGACAACAAUACCAACAACACCAACAACGCUUGGAGGUGGCCAGUCAGUUAACGGAACCAGCGCACAGUUGGGAGAUAAGGAUG